AUGGCAGAAGGCAUGAACGGGGGUCACUCACCGCUCAUCAACUCGGACUCAACUUUGGUUUUGUUGGGGGAGGCGGGGACUGCAGCGUUCCAGGAUGGGUUUUGGUACAUGGCUGGCAGACUGUUGGCCCCGAAAGCCAAGUUCCCGGGAUUCAAAGGAACGAUUGCUACUAUUUGGCGUAUCAAAUUGGGGCUCACUAUCCAAGAUGCAGGUGAGAGGUUUGUCUUCCAAUUUAACAGUGAAGCGAUGCGUAAUCGCAUCCUACAUGGGGGUCCUUGGGUUUACCGCAACACUAUGUUGGUGGUAGGAGAGUAUGAUGGGCUCAGCCCACUGGAGGAGGUGCCGCUGAAUAUGAUGGAAAUUUGGGUUGCGGUGAAGGGCCUCCCUUUUGGUUUGAGAAACAAGACUGCGCUCGAGUUGGUUGGGGCGUCCAUUGGGACAAUGGUUCGAGUGGAUCAAAAUGCCGUGAAGAGGAAGGAAGAGGAACAGAGAAUCAAGGUUUUGUUCGACGUCCGACGUCGUAUCCGCACAUGGAAGGUGAUCGAGUUCUCUCCUGUGGUGAAACCAGAGCUUUCCUUGAUCUAUGAGAAGGUUAAAGGUUUUUGCCGCGACUGUGGGCUGUUUAUUCAUGAUGCCCUAGGGUGUGAUAGGCAGUUGAUCAAAGAGAAGGAGGAGGUCAAGGCUAUUCCACCGGUGUCUGCUAUGGCAAGUUUGUCAGUUACCUCGGUCAGAGGCUGUUCAUUCGCUCAUCAUCACCGCAUGGUCGAGCUUUAG